AUGGCGACAAAUCUUCCUAUUGAUUAUCAACAGCUAAGCCAUGCCCUUCAGGCCUUCUUUCAAGAACAUCCAGAGGUGGAUGGCAAUGUUGGAAUAGAAGCCUAUGCACUUCUUCAACGGGCACAACAUGGCCUUGCUCAGUAUGCAACGGACUUACAAGAGGUGGAGAGGGAGGCUGGAAAUGCGAGAGAGAUGUUUGAACGAGAUCUAGCCGCUGCCAGGGGCCACCGAGUUGCUGUUGAAGUGGUUGCCCCUGAUGAAGAACCAAUCGGAGAUGAUAAUGCCCCACCGGUACCUCCAGUUCCACCUGUUCCAGUGGUUACCCAACAGUCGGAAAAGCUCCCAGAUCCUGAAGGUUUCGCCGCCAAUCAGUUCUUACAAUAUGUCGGAGAAGAAGGCAUUGCUUUGCCUUCCAUGUUACGGUUUUAUGAAAUCUUGGAUACCGCUUUUGGGGACCCUGAUCGAAUGCGUACGGCUAGGAGGAACCUUAGGAACAUCCGUCAACGAAACCGAACCUUUGCUGAUUACUUCGCCGAAUUCCAGCGGUAUGCUGCCGAGUCAGGGAUGGAUGAAGUCUCGAGGAUUGAGGCUUUGAUGGAAGGCAUUAAUGCGGAACUCGAUGAAUCAAUGAUACACCAUAAAACUCCUGCGACGGUAGAUGCAUGUGCGACACUCUUACAACGGUUAGAUAAUUGA